AGGAAGGUCGGGGUCCGACGCGGCUGAGCAGCACCGCGCGAGCAGCGCCAAGUCGUCCUCCGCUCGGCCGAGCUCGGCGUCUGGUCUCCCCGCAGAGGAGCUCCAGAGAGAGGCGCGGUCAUGGAGGAUGUCUGCCAUUACAGCCGCAGCCCCGCCUGGGAGGAGCUGGAUCCAGACAAGGGGCCCGGGUCUGCGGCGACGCUGCAUCCCCAUGUGGUGGGCGCUGUGUCGGUGUCCGGUGCUGCGGACGAGUCGUCCGACAGCGAGGUGGAGCAGGAGGGUCCCCAGAAACUCAUCCGGAAGGUGUCCACCUCCGGACAGAUCAGGAGCAAGACGAGCAUAAAGGAAGGAUUGUUGCUGAAACAGACCAGCUCCUUCCAGCGGUGGAAGAAGCGUUACUUCAAGCUGAGAGGCCGAACGCUCUACUACGCCAAAGACGCCAAGUCCGGCAGCGCGUCGGCCCGCCGACAAGAGCGAGCGCCGCGCCGGGCGUUGCGGAGCCGGGUCUGCUGGCGAGCUCUGGCGGUGUGCUGGACUGGCGCGCGGCGCUCACCCCCGCCUCUGGGCGCCAGCGGAUCCGAGGAGGGCCUAGUGAGAAUUCGGUCUCUUAUCUUUGACGAGGUGGACCUAUCGGACGCCAGCGUUGCGGAGUCCAGUACCAAGAACGCCAACAACAGCUUCACGGUGAUCACCCCUUUCCGUAGGCUCAUCCUCUGCGCUGAGAACCGCAAAGAGAUGGAGGACUGGAUCAGCUCGCUCAAGUCCGUCCAGUCCAGAGAGCAUUACGAGACGGCUCAGUUUAAUGUGGAACAUUUCUCAGGGAUGCACAACUGGUACGCCUGCUCGCACGCACGGCCCACCUUUUGCAACGUCUGCAAAGAUAGCUUGUCGGGGGUCACGUCUCACGGCCUCUCCUGCGAAGUCUGUAAGUUCAAGGCCCACAAACGCUGCGCCGUUCGAGCCACCAACAACUGCAAAUGGACCACGCUGGCCUCCAUCGGCAUGGACAUCAUCGAGGACGAGGACGGGAUUGCGAUGCCUCACCAGUGGCUGGAGGGCAACCUGCCCGUCAGCGCCAAGUGCGCCGUGUGCGACAAGACGUGCGGCAGUGUGCUGCGGCUGCAGGACUGGCGCUGCCUCUGGUGCAAAGCCAUGGUGCACACAGCCUGCAUGGACGUGUACUCUCGCAAGUGUCCUCUCGGUCAGUGCAAAGUCUCCAUCAUCCCUCCGACGGCCCUCAACAGCAUCGACUCGGAUGGCUUCUGGAAGGCCACCUGCCCCCCGUCCUGCGCCAGUCCCCUCCUGGUCUUCGUCAACUCCAAAAGCGGCGACAACCAAGGAGUCAAGUUCCUGCGGCGCUUCAAGCAGCUGCUCAACCCGGCGCAAGUCUUCGACCUGGUCAACGGCGGCCCGCACCUCGGUCUCCGCCUGUUCCAGAAGUUUGACAACUUCCGAAUCCUGGUGUGCGGCGGCGACGGCAGCGUGGGCUGGGUGCUGUCGGAGAUCGACAAACUCAACCUGCACAAGCAGUGCCAGCUGGGGGUGCUGCCGCUGGGUACGGGCAACGACCUGGCGCGCGUGCUGGGCUGGGGCCCGUCGUGCGACGACGACACGCAGCUGCCGCAGACCCUGGAGAAGUUGGAGCGCGCCAGCACCAAGAUGCUGGACCGCUGGAGCAUCAUGACCUACGAGAUCAAGAUCCCGCCCGAGCGCGGCCGCCCCGACGCGCCCGACGCCUCCGACGGCCGGCAGGUAGGGCGCGCCGUGGCGCGGGUGUCCUCGUUUUGGCCUUCUAAUGACCGUGUACGUUGGCUCCAGUUUGACAUUUCGGCUUACGAAGAUUCUGUGGCGGCUCAUCUCACCAAGAUCCUCAAGUCGGAGCAGCACUCUGUGGUCAUCUCCUCCGCCAAGAUUCUGUGCGAAACGGUGAAGGAUUUAGUCGCCAAAGUAGAGAAAGCCUACGAAAAAAGCGCAGAGAAUGCUGAGGACUGUGACAGCAUUUCUCUUAAGUGUGCCAUCCUGAACGAGAAGCUGGACUCCCUCCUCCGAGCGCUCGACACGGAGCGCCAGGCGCCGCCGCCCCGAGCCGCUCCUCCUAUCGUGGAGGAGGAAGAGGAGGAGGAGGAGGAGGCGGCGGCGGCGGCGGAGGACGGCGAGGAGGAGAAAGCGGACGAGGAGGCCCCCAGCGAGGAGAGCCUGACGGAGCUGAAGGAGAAGCUGGAAGAGGAGGAGACGGAGAAAGGCGGCGGCGCUUUGAAAAGUCGCCAGCAGCUGACGCUGAGGGCCGACAGUCUGAAAAAAGCCUUGCGGCAGAUCGUGCGGCAGGCCGAGAGAGUGGUGGACGAGCAGAACGCCAACACGGACGAGUCCGAGCCGACGUCCCCGCUGGAGUUCCGCAAGGACGGCGAGGAGGAGAACCGGGACAGCGAAAAGGACGAGGACACCAAGGAGCUGGAAGCGCUAGCCCCCGUCAAGACCGUCUGUUCUCCCACAGACAGGAGAGGAAGUCGCAGCACGCAGUCGUACGCUUCCUUCAGCAUCACGCCUUUCACCACCAGCAAGGAGAACCUGCCCGUGCUCAACACACGCAUCAUCUGUCCCGGACUGAGGGCCGGUCUGGCGGCCUCCAUUGCAGGAAGUUCCAUCAUUAGCAAGAUGCUGCUGGCCAACAUCGACCCCUUGGGUGCCACCCCCUUCAUCGAUCCCGACCUGGACUGCCUAGAGGGCUACAUGGAGAAAUGCGUGAUGAACAACUACUUUGGCAUCGGACUCGACGCCAAGAUCUCCUUGGAGUUCAACAACAAGAGAGAGGAACAUCCAGAAAAAUGCAGGAGUCGCACCAAGAACAUGAUGUGGUACGGCGUCUUGGGAACCAAGGAGCUCCUCCAGAGGACCUACAAGAACCUGGAACAGAAGGUCCAGCUGGAGUGCGACGGCCAGUACAUCCCCCUGCCGAGUCUGCAGGGCAUCGCCGUGUUGAACAUCCCCAGCUACGCCGGCGGGACCAACUUCUGGGGUGGCACCAAGGAGGAUGACAUUUUCUGUGCUCCGUCAUUUGACGACAAGAUCCUGGAGGUGGUGGCGGUGUUCGGAAGCAUGCAGAUGGCGGUUUCGCGGGUCAUCAAGCUGCAGCACCACCGCAUCGCGCAGUGCCGAACAGUGAAGAUCACCAUCCUGGGCGACGAGGGCGUUCCCGUCCAGGUGGACGGCGAGGCCUGGAUCCAGCCGCCCGGACUCAUCAAAAUCCAGCACAAGAACCGAGCGCAGAUGCUCACCAGAGACCGGGCCUUCGAGAACACGCUCAAGUCGUGGGAGGACAAGCUGAAGUUCGACAAGCCCCCUCUGCGGCCGCACCUCUACCCGCAGCACUCCGUCGACCUGGCCGGCGAGGACGAGGCCCCCGCCGUGCGGCUGUGCGCCCGCGCCGCAGAGGAGCUCAUCACGCGAAUAUGUGAGGCCGCAAAGAGCAACGGGCUCUUGGAGCAGGAGUUGGCCCACGCCGUAAACGCGGCGUCGCACGCCAUCAACAAAACGCACCCCAAGUUUCCCGAGAGUUUGUCGAGGAACACGGCGAUCGAGGUGGCCUGCACCGUCAAGGCUUUGUACAACGAGACGGAAUCGCUCCUCGUGGGUCGGAUCUCUCUGCAAUUGGAGCCGGCGGAGGAGGAGCAGCUCUCCGGCGCCCUCCAGAGUCUGGAGUCGGAACUGGGCAAAGUCGGAGAGAUUCCGUGGCUCUACCGCAUUCUGCAGCCCGAUGACGAGGAGGUGAGCGUCGCAUACGAACGGCGUGUGUUUUGCGGACCACUCUCUGGCUUACGGCAAGAGGAACAGUCGCGGCGGCAGCGGCGGCGUCUUUCGCAUAGUGCCCAAGUUCAAGAAGGAGAAGGCGGCCAAAAAGGGCAGCCCGCAGUCAGCGGAGAGAUGGGGCACAGACGAGGUGGGCGCGUGGCUGGAGCAGCUGAGUCUGGGCGAGUACCGGGACACCUUCGUCCGUCACGACAUUCGAGGCUCGGAGCUGCUGCACCUGGAGAGGAGGGACCUGAAGGAUCUGGGGAUCUCGAAAGUGGGUCACAUGAAGAGAAUCCUCCAGGGAACGAAGGACCUGGCCAAGACCUCCAUGCUUGAUCUUUAGCCGGGAAGAGGACGCUUCUCGACAGAGGAAACAAACGUCCGUUCGUUCGUUCGUUCCCGCUGGCGUGCCGGGAGAAGAAUCAGAGCGGUCGGCUCGAAGGUUCAGCAAGAAGCCGUCCGGGAGGCUUUUCCUUGACGAUAACCCAUCAUAUCACGUAUAACGCCCCGCCCCGCCCCCAUUUUGGUAAACGAGCAAAGACGGCGCCCAUUUGUUGAUGGACUUCCGAACGCAGGACUUCCGCGAGCGCGCAUGCGGUUCUGCUGGAUGCGCUGUUUGUUUGCAGAACUGUCCGGAAGUGUUCCGUGCUCCCCGGUUUCGAUUGAAUUGCAUGCUUUCGUGUCUUACGGGAACACUUGAAC